CCCCAUAGCGCUACAUAUAAUACCGCUAGUACCAUCGGUAUUUAUUUUGUAUUGCUUUCCUGCUCGACUUGCAUUUUCAGCUAUCUACUCUGCACUUGCUGGCUACCUCUUGCUAGGGUGCUACUGGUAUUUAGGGCGGCCACAGAGCCGCAGGUAGAAGUAAUAAGAUGGAGCGGUUCCAGGUUAUUCAAAGCCUGGGCUCGGGCUCCUUCGGUACCGUGCGCCUGGUCAAGGAUGUUGCCGCGGAGAAACUACUGGCCAUGAAAGUGCUAAAUCGGCGAGAUGCUAGCAAGUAUGUGGAGGCUGAAAUCGUGAACCACUCGCUUCUGCGCCAUCCGCACAUCGUCCACUUCCGCGAGGUGUUCCUGACGGACGAGCACCUGUGCAUCGUGAUGGAGUACGCCAACGGCGGCUCGCUGUUCUCCAUGGUGCGGCAGCAGCGGCGGCUCAAGGAGUCCAUGGCGCGCUGGUUCUUCCAGCAGCUCAUCCUGGCGGUGGACUACUGCCACAAGCGCGGCGUGGCCAACCGCGACAUCAAGCUGGAGAACCUGCUGCUGCACCUGGAGGAGGGGCUGCCGCACCCGCUGCUCAAGAUGUGCGACUUCGGGUACAGCAAGGCCGACUUCAGGUCCGCCGCCAAGAGCCAGGUGGGCACGCUGAGCUACAUGGCGCCCGAGGUGAUGAAGAGCUGCGGCGCCUACUACGACGCCAAGAUCGCGGACGUGUGGAGCUGCGGCGUGGUGCUGUACGUCAUGCUGUACGGCAUCUACCCGUUUGACAACCAGGGCGAGGACGCGGGUCUGAGCGAGGCGCAGAAGGUGCGCAAGAUGCUGGAGCGCAUGGAGAACGAGGCGUACGCGCUCAACCCGCAGGUGCCGGUGACGGAGGAGUGCAUCGACAUGCUGCGCGGCCUGCUCAAGCCGGCGCCCGAGUCGCGCUUCACCAUUGACAAGAUCAUGGAGCACCCCUGGUUCAACAAGAAGCUGCCGCCGCAGGCCCGCGAGAUGAACGUGUACUACCUCAACCUGCCGGUGCCGCCCGAGUACCAGCGACCCGAGCAGAUCAAGUCGCUGCUGGAGGAGGCGCGCGCGGUGGGCGGCCGGUGAGGCGGCGGAGGAGGAGGCGGAGGCGGAGCCGGUGAGGCGGCAAGUGCAGGCACGAGGCAUCAGGCGGAGGCGGAGCCGGCCGUGGAAGGGGCUGCGGAUGGCGCUGGUGAAGCAGGAGAGCAGGAGGAGGAGCAGCGGUGGGGUCCGAGAUGCAGGCGGUGGGGUCCGAGAUGCAGGGGCUCCAGGACCCAGGAGGUGUGGCUUGAGGGAGCGGCGGCCGGCGGGGGGCGUGCAUGGCGGGGGGCAGCACGUGGGGGCGCAUGGCGUCACUCAGCCCCCACUACUACUAGCAACAUGAUUCACACAACAAUAAGGGGGAGGGUGAUGCGCUGUGGUGUUGACAGCGGUGCUGUCCUCAGCCGGCAGUGUGCCGGGACGGAGCCGUGCAUAGGGCCGGUCGCGGGGCCUGCCGGAGCCAGGGGUGUCUGCAGAUUCUGAGCGCGUACGGGGGACCAGGGAUGAGCCAAAGCUGCGAGUGGACUCCCGCUGUGCCGUGGAGCUGGACGGCAGCGUGUGCCUGCAAUGUGUGUGUUUGUGGGGGGUGCGGGAUUUGUACGGUACACUUGGUUGGUGGGGGGAACGCCUGAGGCACGUGGUGGGUGACAUGCACGACACGGCGACAUUUACGGGGGCCGCAAUGGUGUUUGCGUGUGUACAUUUGUGUUGUUGGUAGUGCUGGUCUACUACUGCAGUGCGCAACGGUUGCAAUAAAAGCAUGUUCGUGUGUUUUUGGAGUCAGUGUGUGUGUGUGUGCUCGCGUGACGUUGCUGCAGCUUUCGGGAAUGAAGCAAAGCCGAUGCUAGCCUGCAGCAGGUGUCAAAGGCCGGUCGUCAGGAAACCAUAAUCCCAUCGAGACAUACGGCGUGUGUAUCUGCAUGCGCGUACGUGUGCGUGUGUGUAGGUGGGUUGCAGUGCUCAGGUUGCCCUUGCCGGGUAUGGCUUGGCAGGCGGGUGCCUUAUGUGCGCUGCCUGCGCGACCUUGGCCCUGUGAGCUUGGUAUGGCGGGGGGCUUGAUUCCACCAGUCCCAGUCCGGGGGAACUUGAGUCGACGUUUGCGCAGGGAAUUGCAGCGGCAACCACGCUCGAUUGCGCUGAUCGGAGGAUUGUGGCGUCGACGGUACGGGGAGUGGAAAGAAUUUAGUAUUGGGUGAAAGAAAGGUGCGGUGAGAUUGCCAAGAUUGAUGGCUCAAACAUUUUUUGUGCAAGGCCCCCAACAUAGAGGCGUGUGCAAUUUGCGUGUGCUUAGUAGGCGCCCGCGUCAAGGUGGCUGGGUUGAUAACGACCCGGGAGGGGAGGGCUCAGCCCUUUUCCUGCCUCCCUAAGGCAGCCACCUCCUUGUUUGUGCAACGGCUGGCGGCCAGACGGUCUCUUGUUGGUGAUGUAGCAACUGUGAGCACGGGGUGACAAAACGAUCGCGGCGGUUAAAACCAAUUCAAUAUACAUGUACUUGCACGGAUAAUUGACAGCGUUGGGUACCGUGUGUGUGUGUGUGCCCUUACGAAAGCACACGGGGAAGGGGUCGACCAUGUAGGUGUUAAGAUAGCCCUAAGGAGGGGAAGGUUGACAGCGUGCGUGCGUGGUGGGCAAUUCGAAUGACCCGGCUGUUGCUGUUGAAGGCGCGAGGGACUCGCACCGCUGCACGGUAUGCGGAGGCUGCUGCUGCUGCUUGUGCUGCUUAUGCGGUUGAGGGCAGCCGAAUAAUGUAGCGAGUCAGGAGCAUGGAGAUGCGCGUGGAGGGGCGGCAGGUGGACGUGUGCUCAGUCCCACCCCUGUAACCAGAAGUAUGC